CGGCGUUUGCGGAGGCUGAAGAGUUUAGGGUGUCUGUACUAGUUGCUGCUUUUGGCGCGAAAAAUGCCGGGUCUGGCGGCCGCAAGCCCUGCCCCAUCUGAGUCGCAGGAGAAGAAGCCUCUGAAGCCCUGCUGCGCCUGCCCGGAGACCAAGAAGGCGCGCGAUGCGUGCAUCAUUGAGAAAGGAGAAGAGAACUGUGGACCCCUAAUUGAGGCCCACAAGGAAUGCAUGAAAGCCCUGGGAUUUAAGAUAUGAAAUGGUGGUCUGCUCUGGGAAUGAAUAAUUCCUGAAAAAUGAAGAAGAUUUAAUAACUUCGGGAGCUUUUUGAUGAACAUUGAUAAAUUUUAAAGUAUUUAUAACUUAUUAAAAAAAAA